UAGGUGAACGUGUUCAAGUGUUAUAUGUUAUUUAUUUAACUAUAAUUCAUGUCUCCUACACCAAUGUAAAAUAUUAAUUCAGUAUGGUUUUUCUGUGUGUGAGCAGGUUCUAAUAAUAGUUAAUCAGUGAAAUUUGCUUAUUUUGUUAUAUAUUCACAAUACUCAUAAGUAAAUUUAUUUUUAAUAUGGCAAAUUCUGAAAUAAAAGUAUUGUAUAAUCAGAUAUUUAUUAACAAUAAGUUCAUAAAUUCCGUUAGUGGAAAUACAUUUAUAACGCUAAAUCCAGCAAACAAGCAAAAAAUCGCCGAUGUCGCUGAAGGAGAUAAGGCAGAUGUUGAUCUGGCUGUUAAGGCAGCAAGAGCUGCAUUCAAAAUUGAAUCUGAGUGGCGUACAAUAGGUGCUACUGCUAGAGGUCAAUUAUUAUUGAAAUUAGCUGAUUUGAUAAACGACCACAAAAUUACUUUGGCCAGUUUAGAAUCUUUGGACAACGGAAAACCCUAUGAAGACUCUUUGUUAGAUAUAGAUGCAUCAAUAUCCACACUAAAAUAUUAUGCUGGAUUUGCGGAUAAAAUUCACGGCAAAACAAUACCGACGAAUGAACCAUACUUUUCAUUCACUAAACCACAACCAGUUGGUGUAGUUGGUCAAAUCAUUCCUUGGAAUUAUCCUAUUUUAAUGCUCGCUUGGAAAUGGGGACCAGCACUUGCCUCUGGAUGUACAUUAGUUCUUAAACCAGCAGAACAAACUCCUUUGACAUCUUUGUACAUAGCAGCACUUUCAAAAGAAGCAGGAUUUCCUGAUGGUGUUAUUAAUGUUGUACCGGGAUAUGGUCCAACAGCUGGUGCAGCUAUAUCUAGACAUCCUGAUAUCAAUAAAGUGGCAUUUACUGGCUCUACAGAGGUGGGUAAAUUAAUAAUGCAAGAAGCUGCAAGGUCCAACAUGAAACGAGUCACUUUGGAAUUAGGAGGCAAAAGUCCUCUUGUGAUUUUUGAUGAUUUUGAUGUUGACGAAGCAGCUAGUAUUGCUCGUGAUGCAGUAUUUGCAAAUAUGGGUCAAUGCUGUUGUGCAGGAACAAGAACUUUUGUACAAGAAGGCAUUUACGAAAAAUUUGUUGAAAAAGCUGCAAAAUUAGCUUCAGAAAUGAAAGUUGGUAAUCCAUUUGAAAGUGAAACUAAAGUGGGACCUUUGGUGGAUGAAGAACAAUACAACAAAGUUCUAGGUAUGAUCGAGUCAGGAAAAAAAGAAGGGGCUAAAUUAGAAGCGGGUGGGUCUAAAGUUGGAGAUGUUGGAUAUUUUGUACGACCAACUGUAUUCUCUAAUGUUACUGAUGAUAUGAGAAUAGCUAAAGAAGAGAUAUUUGGACCCGUUCAGCAAAUCUUGAAAUUUAAAACUAUUGAUGAGGUAAUCGAACGCUCCAACAAUACUGAAUAUGGUUUAGCAGCUGGUAUUUUGACCAAAAACAUUGAUAUUGCAUUAAAGUUUUCUGAAAGUGUCGAUGCAGGAUCCGUGUGGGUCAAUUGUUAUGAAGCUGUCAACCCACUUUGCCCCUUUGGAGGAUUUAAACAAUCAGGACUAGGUAGAGAAUUAGGAGAAGAUGGCUUAACCGGAUAUCUUGAAAUAAAAACUGUAUCCAUAAAGAAACUUAAUUAAAAAAGUACCUUUAAAUAUACUUUUAUGAACAUUAAAUUGACUUAUAACUAAUUUAAUUUAUUAUUAAACAUAUUAAUAGUAAAAAAUAUCAA